AUGCUACACUGGCGUCAGGUUCAUUUAACCCAGCGACGGAGUAUUGCCGUGCAAAACAUCGCUGUUUCAGCUCCUGCCGGUCUGCCGGCCACUAUCAUCGAAGCUACAGAAGUAGGGCGACGUAUUGCCCAAAACAUUGCCACGGUGAUAGUUGGGAAAGACGAAGUAAUUGAACAGGCGCUGGCUGCACUCAUCGCGGAAGGGCAUAUUCUGGUGGAAGAUGUGCCAGGCGUUGGCAAAACGAUGCUGGCCCGAGCGCUUGCAAUAUCGAUCGGUGGUACGUUCUCCCGCAUUCAGUUCACACCGGACUUGCUACCCAGUGACGUUACAGGAGUGUCGGUAUACAACCAGUCCACCGAGGAAUUCAGCUUCCGGUCCGGGCCAAUCGCCGCGCAAUUGGUCCUAGCCGACGAAAUCAACCGAGCUACGCCCAAGACGCAAUCUGCGCUUCUGGAAGCAAUGGAGGAGCGUCAGAUAACGGUUGACGGCAUUACUCAUCCGCUGCCGCCACCUUUCCUGGUGAUAGCAACCCAGAACUCUAUCGAAUAUGAAGGUACCUUCCCGUUGCCUGAAGCGCAGCUGGACCGGUUUUUGAUACGCAUGAGCGUGGGAUAUCCCAAGUUUGCCGAGGAAAUGACGAUCAUCGCGCAACAGGAACAUACGCAUCCAAUUACGGAUAUGCAGGCGGUGGCGAAUCCGGAACAGGUGCUGUCAAUGCAGACGGUCGCGCAGGAGAUAUACGUUGACGGGCUGGUUCGGGAGUACAUAGUUGCGCUGGCGGAAGCGACCCGGGAACAUGUUGAUACCACACUGGGCGCGUCGCCGCGGGCUUCCCUGGGACUUUUCCGCGCCUCCCGUGCAAUGGCGCUGUUGCGGGGACGCGAUUACGUGCUGCCGGAUGAUGUGAAAGAGUUGGCUCCCUCUGUUCUCUCCCACCGAAUUGUGUUGACGCCAGCGUCGCGGAUGCGAGGCGUGCGCACGGAGCAACUCGUGGCCGAACUGCUCAAUACCGUGCCGGUGCCCGGCGCUCGAUAA